AUGGCAGCUGGAGUCUGCUACUGGAGUGGCAACGGCUCUUAUUGCUGCCCUUGUCUUGGCCAAGGACAGUAUGAUGUGAAUGACUUAUCGAUAUCUUGCCGGGAGUGUGGACAUCCACUUAAGAAUCAUUUCCAAAUUGGGCCGCACCCAAGUGAUGCUAGUGCUAGCCAAGUUUUGCUACCGAGACACCAAACCGUGAGGAAGCUUGCCAAUCGCAUCAAUGAACAAAGAGUGGUGCUUGCCCGUGGAACGCCCUCGUCGGGAAAGACCUUUCUCGCCCGGUCUCUUCAUAUUUACCUUCGUGGACAGGGAGUCAAGUCGAUUUGGAUCGAACAGUUUCCCCCUAGUUUAGAGGGUGGUCCUACCGCGUUGCAUUACCUGGUCGAGGCCUGUCACACCCAAGGCUAUGCUGCAUUCGGCCACAACGUUCUGCUCGACACGUUUGUGUUUAUCAUUGAUGAUGCGCAUAUGACUUACAAUAACUCUGAGCUGUGGGUACUUCUGAAUUCAGUGAACCAGAACCGUCUCGCGAACAUACCAGGGGCCAGUUUCUGUUUGUUCGGUGCAUUUGGCACCCCCGAUAGGGGUGUUAUGCCACAGAACAUGGGGAGUGACUUGAUAGUAUUCAAUGAGCGUCAGCGUCUUUUCUUGUCCACUAGGUUUUCCGAGGACCUCACACUUUUCUACACCCGAGAAGAAUUCGAUCUCUACCUGGAAAUGCAUUUCCAGGCUCGAGGUUCUGAUUACGAAAUUUGUGAGAUCUUGAAAGAUACCAUCUUUGGCUUAACCGACGGCCAGCCUGAAUUGAUGGAUGCAUUCAUGCAUAUCUGUGACAUGUGGUAUGAGGUUCUCUACAAGGAUGACGCGGAUGACGAAAUGGAAACCAUAAGCUAUGAUGACUAUGAAAUCAUGCAAUUCUUUCAAAUUCGCGGCAUCAUGGAAGCAACGAUCGCGGCAAUUGUCAACUUCGCGGGUCUUCCACUUUCUCCCGAAACCUUUUUCCCUCCCGAAGCAGAGUUUGAAGUUCUUCGCCAGGUUCGGCAAAGCGGUGAUUACAGCAUUUCGUUCAACCCACAAAGUGAAGCUAUGCUGUCGUGUAUCACGAAAGGUUGGCUGCACAUAGAACAGAGCCGACAAGGAGGAUUCAGAUGUUACUUCCCAACCUACUUUCACAACAAGGUCGUGGAAUACCUCAUGGGAGUCCAGGAUCUUAGAUAUCCCACCCCGCCUACUUUGGACAGAGCGGAACUUGAGUUGAUGUUGAGCAUGCGCACCAUGACGAUUUCGUAA